UUGAGUGUAUCUUUUCUUUUUCAGAAACAGAAUUUAGUGGCCAAAAAAAGCUCUUCUUCCUCUUGUUGAUCGUUCUCUUCAUCGGUUUGAUUUUGGGUGUGGUUGUCCUGUGGAAACGAAGUGGAAAGAAAUCAUUUAUCAGUCGAACGAGAUCAUGGAUUACCAAUUCGCUGGACAGAUUAUGGUAUCAGUCAGAAAACGAAAUGGUACCUACCAAGCCAGAGAAUCCCCAGCCAUUGACAGCAGAUGGCCGAGAGAGCCUUCCGGGACCCGAACACAGCCUUCCAAUGAUGGUAGAAGUGGAAUCCAUCUAACUGUGACUAUGAAUACCGAAGACUCUCUCAUAAACACAACUCUCUUCAACGAUGGGGAAUCACAACCUCAUAUUUUUCACACCCAAGCACAGCAUGCCCAGGAUAAUAUUGACAGCUCCCAACCUUCAAACACAACUAUCAUACUAUUUCCUUCACUUCAACAACCCAUUCCACACAGAGAAAAUCCUUAUCAAAUAGAAGAGAGUGAAUCAAACACUUACUACUCGACAAUGGAUUCAGGCGUUAGUAAUGAAAAUAACACAAUGCAGAUAAAUACAAACAUAGGCAUGGAUGAGAAUACCUAUGAAGCAGAAAAUAGCCAAGAGAAUAUUCAAGAUCAAAAGCAAACAAGUGAUUACAGGACAGAAAUAAGGUCCAUGUCCAAUCGCCCUUUACCACAUAGACCAAUAUCUUAUGGCGUCCACGAAGGCCCCUCUCUUCCCCCACGAACAAAUCUUGAAACUCGCCCUUUAAACAUGGGGCAAAAUACAUGUACACGGUUCGAUGAUACAUGUCAUACAAUAUGUGCACUUGACUACACCACAUUACCAAACGACUAUCCAUUAGGCCUGUCAGUCACUUCAAAGACACACACAUUGCAUCAUAAUAUUUCAUCGCAUGAUAAAGAUCAAACGACAGGAAAGGGCACUAGAGCUCAGAAGGGUGGUGAUGACUACCCCUGCACUGGCGCAACUUCUAGAGCGAGUGACAACCAUGGAUAUUAUUCUGUAGAUGAUUUAGAAGAUGAAGGGGGAUUUAACGGGAAGAGCGUUCAGCCGCAGUUUUCUAAACCAGACCCAUUUUACCAUUGCUUAGAAGAUGAUCAACAGAUUGGUAGGGACAGGGAAGAUUUGUUGAAAAGUGAAAGCGAGAACGGAGAUCUCAGUCAUACUGAUAUGAUGGUUGAAAACAUAUUAUACUAUCCACUGAGUAUACAAACCGGUGAUGUUCGUUGACAAACAAUAUAUACCUCCUGAUUGAGAUUCAUCAUACAUGACCAGAAGCUUGUACUGGCCCCAAGUUUUGGAACUCACUUCCUAUUUAUGUAACUCGCUCUAUCAGCGUCUCUGUUUUUAAACGCUAACUGAAAUUAUAUGUAUUGAGUAAUUAUGCUGAAAGUAUUUAAUGUAAAAACUAUGUUAUCACAUAUGAUAAAGUAUGUACUUUUCUUUUUCUUGCUUUAUUGUCUCCUCCUCUCCCCCCCCCCUCCUCUUUUCCAGGCUGGCCCUUACCUUACCAACAUUUCAUCAUUUAUUAGCAAACUCGUUUUGUUCUGUUUUGCUCUAUCGUACUUUUUCUUUUUUCUCUCUCUCUCUCUCUCUCUCUCUCUUCUUUUUCUUCCACAUCAUCAUUUCUCCUACAUAUAACUUCCUUCCUUCUCAACUUUUCUAUGUUGUUGUUUUGUUCUGGUUUGCGCUUUUGCUCUCCAUCCUUAUGUAUAUAUCUUCCCAUUUUCUCAUUUUCAUAAUACAUCAAUCUAUCUCUUUUGUAAAUAUUUUCCAUGUUUAAUUGCGUCUAGUCUGUUAAGGUAGUUUAGUUGUUAAGUAUUUUUUCUUCAAAGAAAUUUAAGCAUUCAGAUAUUAUAUUAUGUUUGUGGACCAGCUUCUAUAAGGUCUCCUCUUUCUUUCAUGUACAGAACAUGAUCUUACACAAGUAAUUUUAUUAAAGAAUUUCUUUAGAUAAUAACAAGAGUUGUAUAUUGAACGUUACUAUUGUGCUUCAAAUUAUGUUUG